AUGUCGGAGCAUAACUGGUCGGUGUAUGAGGAGGCCCUCAAGGCCAAUCCGGUUCUUGGCAAGAUGAUGAUCAUCGGCGUCGUCUACUCCCUCGGCGACUGGAUAGCCCAGCCCAGGGUGCUCGAGCGCGACGACACGCCUAUUGAGUUCCUAGCGCUCGCGAACGCCGGAAUUGGACGCGCCCAUGCAUGCAUUUUAGAUCCAAGGACGGCAUCGUGA